AUGAGUAAUAUAUCUUCUCUGGUUCCAGAUCUCGUGGUUGCGGGCCAUCGCGGAUAUAAGGCCAAGUUCACCGAGAAUACUCUCUAUGGUUUUUCCAAGUGUUAUGAGUCAGGAGCCACCAAUAUCGAGACCGAUGUGUUUUUGACCAAGGACAACGAGGUGGUAAUAUCGCACGAUGUGAACACAAAACGUGUGUUUGUGGAACCAGAUGGAACACCUGCUGACCACAAUAUCUUGCACUCCAAUUUUGACGAAUUGAAAGAUUUGAGAACUAAAACUGGUGAGAAGCUUUUGAGGUUUCGUGAUGUUCUAGAAUGGUUCGUCACGUUCAUAGAAACCAAAGGAGAUCAUAAAGAGUACAAAAUCAUGUUGGACAUUAAACGGCUUAAUCCUCCUAAGAUUCUCCGGUACUUGUGGUUGAAUAUCCUUGAAGUGAAAAACGAUAUCAACUAUUGGCUUCCACGCAUCCAAUUAGGGGUCUGGGAUCUCACUAUGGUCAAGUAUUUGAACCAGCACCAGUUUUUCCAGAAAACUUUUCACGAUGCAAAAAGUCAAGUUAAUCUCUUUCAUGUCUCAGUAUCCUGGAAAGACUCCUUACACUAUAUUGCGUUCAAUGAGUACCUCGAUCAACAGCCAGACGAUAGAAUCAAACUCAAAGUGACCGGCAUUUCGAUAUUGUAUUUACUGACAUGGAACACCGACUUUGUCUUGAAGUUUGUUCCCUUACUUCGAAAGUACAACAUGGGUCUCUAUUCAUGGACCGUGAACACCAAAGAACAAUUACAGUACGUUUUGGCUUUGCAAAAGGCUUAUAGAUUGCCCGAAAUGGGUGUGAUUUCCGACGAUCCAGCAAAGAUGGUUGAUUUCGUUUCCGAGCAACAAGAAAGGCUCGAAUCAAUAGACGAUUCGACAUCGCUUCUAAAGGAAAAAAGCCCACACUACAAAGUCAAAAUCUCACUUUGGCAGAAAACGGUUAGCGGUUUAUUUCUGCUUUUCAUUAGGCUCGCCGGAGCGAAAAGAAUUACGAGUGACGACCUAGUAUUCGACAAACCAGUCGAUGAAAAUCAUGUGAGGCCUGUGAAGCUUAGCAAGAUGGGCAUAUGGAUAUUUCAAACCUGCCAGAGAUUUGGCAUUUUCUAG